AUGAGAUUCAUCAUCCGCGACGACGCCGAGCAGGCCAGCGUCUACGUGGCGAAUUAUGUUGUUGAUCGCAUCAAGCACUUCAACCCAACCCCAUCUCACCCCUUCGUCCUUGGUCUGCCUACCGGCUCCAGCCCUCUCGGUGUCUACAAGGUCCUGGUUGAAAAGUACAAGGCUGGCGAGAUAUCCUUUGAGAAUAUCGUAACCUUCAACAUGGACGAAUAUAUCGGUAUCCCCCGUGACCACCCAGAAAGCUACCACUCCUUCAUGUGGAAAAACUUCUUCCAGCACGUGAACAUCAAGCCCGGCAACGUCAACAUCCUCAACGGGAAUGCUCCCAACCUUGAGGCCGAGUGCAUCGACUACGAGGCCAAGAUCAAGAGCGUGGGCGGGAUCGACCUCUUCCUCGCAGGCAUAGGCGAGGACGGCCACAUCGCCUUCAAUGAGCCCGGCUCCAGCUUGGCAUCCCGCACGCGCGUCAAGACACUGGCCUACGACACGAUCCUGGCCAAUUCGCGCUUCUUCGGGAACGACCUGGAGAAGGUGCCUAAGAUGGCUCUGACUGUGGGCGUGCAGACGGUGCUCGAGGCGCGCGAGGUCGUUGCUAUCAUCCUCGGCGCAAGAAAGGCCCUGGCGCUGCAGAAGUGCAUCGAGCAAGGGGUGAACCAUAUGUGGACGCUUUCGAGCCUGCAACUGCACCCUCACCCCAUGAUUGUGUGUGACGAGGAUGCUACAUUGGAGUUACAAGUCAAGACCGUGAAGUACUUCAAAUCUAUAGAGAAAGUGGCCACCAGCCAAGGCUUCGAGCAGAUCCUGCCAUCCUCGAUCCGCACCGGCCCCAAUGUUAAGAGCUUCAAGCCUAUCUCCGCCCAGCCAGUCCCCACUACCGUCAUCGACGAGGUCUCACCCCCUCUGUCGCCCAAAGAAUCGUCCCCGACGAUCCUCAGCCCUCAGCCCACAACAUCGAGGCUCCUGCGUGCUACGUCGCCAGCGAACGAGUACCCUGUGCGGUCUGUGUCCCCAGACUUCGAUCUGGUCCCAGACAGGAUGGCAGACCGCCUCCCAGAUCCGGGCUUCGCAAACAUGCGAUUGACCCCCAACCCUGAAGCGCAGAAUGCUAGGCAGGUUGGAGUUUACUAG